UACAAAACGUGUGAAAAACAAUUACUCGCCCUCACUUGGCCUUGACGUUCAACGUUGGCGUUGCAGCGUGUGGCUUUUUCAGCCAUGAAUAACCUUAAACUUGGAUUUGUCCUUAUUGUCAUAAUUCAGGCUACUCUCUUGAGUGCUGUCAAAGAUGGUUUAUGCCCAAGGGCAUCACCUUAUGGCCCUUGUGUCACCACCUGUGGGGCUGAUGAAGACUGUGAUGGUUCAAAAAAGUGUUGUAGUAAUGGUUGUGGUUCUUGGUGCCUUGAACCAAUGUGUCCAUCUGGUCAACAGCAUGUGGACUGCCCUGCCCAGCUAUGCAACUACGCUGGGUGCCCUGAUAAACCUCAAGAGAGUUUGAGAUGUGUGGUGGAAUCCUGUGGCAAGUGCAGUGUGAAGUUUAUAAACAAGACAACAGGACAAACUGUAAAUUGUGGUCCAGUGGAAACUUUGUGUAAGCGUAUGCUAGCUGCUACUCGUAAAAAGCCCCUUCUUCUUGGUCAGUAUGUACCUUCCUGUGAUGCAAAUGGACAUUUUAUCAGAGUUCAGUUCCACGAGGCAUAUUUCUUUUGUGUUGAUGACAGAGGAAUUCCUGAUUUUUCCACCAGAUCAAGAACUCAGCCCAAAUGUCCAGAGUUAUCUCUGUGCCAAAAGAAGAGGAAAGAAGCUGAAAAACUUCCUCCAUUGGGUCGUUUUGUGCCACAGUGUAAGAGUGAUGGUUCAUUUAAGGAGAAACAGUGUCAUUCAUCAACUGGACAGUGCUGGUGUGUAGAUCAGAAUGGACAUGAAUGGAGUGGAACGCGAACAAGAGGAGACCUGGAUUGUACAACUUCUGUGUGCCCAGUGUCAGUUAGAGGGUUUGACUGUGAUCCAAUGCUGUGUAAUACAGCCUCAUGCCCCGCCCACAAAGAUGCUACCUGCAGGGUGAACACCUGUGGCAAAUGUGAAGUGGAGUUCCUUGAUAAAAAUGGCAGAAAGGUUGACUGUUUCUCCAAGUGCCAGAAUCAACGUCUGAAAGCCCUUGGUACUCACUCUCUAGAUGAAAAACCAGCUCACCCCAUUAUUGGACGGUUUGUACCACAGUGUGCGGCAGAUGGAAGCUAUGAGGAAGUACAGUGUUAUGGCUCCACUGGCUACUGUUGGUGUGUUGAUGUUGGAGGAAACCCUGUGGUCGGAACCAUGAAUCGUGGCUUACCACAUUGUAACAAGACAGCUAUGGGAGUUUGCUCAGGGAAACCCAUGUUCACCUGCUUACGCAACUUCUGUCAGUGGUCUACAUGCCCUGCCCAUCCUGAGGCAAAAUGCCGUAUUAACCCCUGUGGUGGAUGCAAAGUUGAGUUUAUUGAUAAGAACAGCAAAGUGGUUGACUGUCAUGAAGGUCUCUCAAAGUGUAAACUGCAGGAAAAGAAGGCCUCAGCAUUCAGUGGCAGUGGCCUACAACCUGUUGGCAGGUUUGUACCAAAGUGUGAAGCAGAUGGUAGUUACUCCAAGAUUCAGUGUUGGUCAUCUACUGGAUACUGCUGGUGUGUGGACAAGAAUGGUACUGAGUUGCAAGGAACAAGAGUCAGAGGCAUGCCAGUCUGUCCUUCCCAGGGACGUUCAAAACGAUCUAUCAAGGAUGGCUUUUGUCCAAUUGUGAAACAGCCAAGAACUGGGGCAUGCUCAAACAAAUGUAGUUCAGAUAAUGAAUGCCAAGAAAUGCAAAAGUGCUGUAAUGUCUCAGGAUGUGGAUUAACCUGCCAAGAACCUUCUUUUACAACUUGUCCAAAUGGAAAACCUUUCUUGCUGUGUCUACACAUGUGUCAGUUUGCUAGAUGUCCUGCUUAUCCAAAAGCUACUUGCUUCUCUGAUCCAUGUAAGAUGUGCAAGGUUGAAUUUCAUGAUGAACAAGGAAAUAUUGUCAACUGCACUAAAGGUUUAACUCGGUGUCAAGCUCGGCAAAAAUUAUCAACUGGUAUGCUUGGAGAGUUUGUUCCCAAGUGCCAGAGUGAUGGAAGUUUUGAGCCAGUACAGUCCCAUGAAGGUUACUUCUGGUGUGUUGAUGCUGAUGGAAAGGAAGUGAAUGGGACAAGGAGACACUUCCACAAACCAACAUGUCUCAGUCAACUGAAGAGUAGUCUAACAUUGUGCCAGUUACAGACGCUACAAAGUGGAGAGACUCGUAUGCCUGGUCGUUAUAUACCACAGUGCAAAGCUGAUGGCAGCUUUGAAGAAGUGCAAUGCCACCCUUCCACUGGUUACUGUUGGUGUGUUAACACACAGGGGUGGGAAAUCAAAGGAACUAAAGUGAGAGGAAGACCAACCUGCAGUAAAGUGUGUGCGCCUGUAGUGUGCAGAAUGUACUGUGAAUUUGGUUGGGCUCAGGGUCCAGAUGGCUGUGAUAUCUGUAAAUGCAAAGAGGUUCCCAUCAAGCCUGGUUUCUGUCCAGCGGUAGAGCCAGAUCAAGUUGCUACAUGCACAGAGAAAUGCAGCACUGACAAUGACUGUCUAGGAAAUCAAAAGUGCUGCUCCAAUGGCUGUGGUCAUGUCUGUACUGCUCCAGAAUAUAAAGCUAAACCGGGGUAUUGCCCAGCAGUUGAUAUCCACCAUGUCGGUAUUUGUAAAAGUGAGUGCAGUUCAGACCGUGACUGCCAAGGAGAACAGAAGUGUUGCGGUAAUGGAUGUGGGCGUGUCUGUAGUGCACCUGUCCGAGAAGCUUGUCCCCGUGGUGCCCCUUUCAUUAUGUGUCAUAACAACCCAUGUGAAAGAGCUAGCUGCCCUGCAAAUCCCAAAGCCAAAUGCCUUCCGGAUAACUGUGGCGGUUGCAACGCACAGUUCUUUGAUGACAACGACAAUAUUGUGGACUGUUUAGCGAGCUCUACGAAAUGUCAAAAGGAGAAUUUGAAUGCAACUCAAAACCCUCUCAUUGGCGGGUUUGUUCCAAAGUGCAAUGCUGACGGUUCAUAUGCCCCAGUACAGUGUCACGGCUCCAUAGGCUUCUGCUGGUGUGUUGAUAAAGAUGGAAAAGAGAUCCCUGACACCAGAAUCAGGGGACGACCAACGUGUGCCAUCACAUUCAGUAUCGGUCCUUCUUGUGAUGACGGCAAAACAUGGCAGCUUUGCGGUGAUACUUGUAAGAAUGCUUCUUGUACCAGCAAUCCUGACGCCAACUGUAUAGCCCCGAUGGGAGGCUGUGGCCCUGAUGCUUGCAAACCCAAGUUCUACAACAGAAUGGGCAAGGAGGUGCAAUGUCUCACAGAAUGCCAACAGAAAGCUUAUCAAGCCACCCACCCCGCGCUGGUAGGAGCCUUCAUACCCCAGUGCAAUGCAGAUGGUAGCUAUGCGCUUGUGCAGUGCUGGGGCUCUACUGGAUAUUGUUGGUGCGCGUCAGGGGACGGAUCCGAGUGGCCUGGAACUAGAGUAAGGGGAAAACCCAACUGUGACGCCAAUAAAGGUCCACAACUUUUGAGCGUCCAUGUUGGACUUACCUUCAACUACAGCCUAGGUUUAGUGAAGGAUGUUUUGGGUCAAUUUAAAGAAUCAGUCAAGACACAGAUGAUAACAAUGUUUUCAUUAAAGGAAAAUCAACUACAUGGCCUUGAGGUGCAAGAGGGAAGUAUUUUAGUUGGAUUUAGCGUUGAACCAGCUAGCGGGGGAAAAGACCUGAGAGACUUUGCAGAUGAAAUAACUGAAAAGGCUCGCAAUCACGAACUGGUCAUUGAAUUCAGCGGUAUCACCUUUGUAGCUGAACCCGACGUUAUGUUAGCGUCGCCCAUGUAUGUGGAAGAAAAAACUGUUUCCAAAAAACAAGAGGAAACCGCAAGCAGCAGUGUGUCUGUUACUAGUGUUGCAUUCAUAUCUGUCUUCUGCACCUUGGCUGUAGUUGCUGUGGCUCUUGUAGCGUUUAAGUUAAUUCAAAAAAAACGGAGAAGCUCCGGUCUGGAGGAGAGGGCCAACUUUGUUUACAAAGAUGGAGGCGCUGAGAUGAACACCGCACUCUCAGAUGCCUGAAUUUUGGACUCGACUCUGAACCGGAUGUGUCUCAACUGCUGAUUAUUUUUGUACAACGUAAAGAUCUACCUUCUCCAAGGAGGUUGGUUACAGCGUUGCGUAGGGGUUUGAUGAAAUUUCGGUCAUAAACGUGUUUGUGAUUGCGUGACACUACAAGUCCAUACCCAAGGUUCUGGAAAAAAUCAAGGAUGACGAAAAUACUCUUUCGUUCUUGAUCAGUACAUUGGAAUUUUACUUGAAAAAACAUUUUUUUGUACUAAAUUAAUUCGAAGAAAUGAUAAGAUAUAUUUUUUACAACAAAUAAAUAACGAACAUUUUA